AAUAAAAAUAAUUUAACGCGAACACCUUGUUGCGGCUCUGUGAUGCCCUAUCGUUAUAUUUCUGUUUGAUCAACCAUGAUCUCUCGUUGGACGGAGUAUAUAGUAGGUAUAAUCAUUUCUUAAAAAUUCAUCUGUUCUUAUUUCUCAUUUGAAUUAUUUGAAAUACAUUUGCGUACAAGGACACAGAGGUCUUUCGAUCGAUGGCAAUCGAUAAGAAACCGUUAAGUUCGCACGGGGACGGGGCCCACGGGGGACGGCAAAAAGAUGGGAAGCGCGGUCGCCGGUCGGCGGGCGAGACGAGAGAUCGCGCGAGCGAAACCGAUAGAAAACGAGUUUCCUUAAAGAAGUUUCUCUCGCGAAGGCGAUCUCCCACUUCCACCCACCCCUAAUCAGUCAUCGCGCGACAGGCGGCGGGCGGUAGUCGCGCGUGUUGGCCGUGUUGUACUACAGUACGGUUCGCUGCGUCGCGUCGGCUCAUUAUCAUCGCGUUUCGCGGAGACUAGGCGCCGCGCCGGGCGGGAGUAUCUCGACGGAUAUAUCUCGGGAUUUCCUGGCUGCCGCGCAGCGGCGAUGACGGACGCGGAGCGUCCGUGUAUUCAGUGUGUUCACCACGAGGCCCGUCGCGUCUGCCACGUACGCGCGACGAGGUGAGAGGUGAGGUUAAGUUCUCGUGAAGGGAGGCCGGGGCGACCUGCGAGACAUGGUUCUCUCGCGAAGAUGAGGCGCAACGUGAUCAGCCUGGUCAAGUUUCUCCUCCUGGCGGCGUUCACCGUGUUCCUGACCGUCGUGGUGUUCCGUUACGCACGAUCGCCACCGAGCCGUCGGGUCUCGGCGCCGUUCGACACCCUGGCAGCGGCGGCGGCGGACCUGAAGGAUGACGGCGGUCGAGGAAACGAUCCGAACGACGAGCGUUCGCGUCAGGACGUGGACGACAAAAUCGAUUGGCACGACUACAAAAGCAUUGAGGAAGAAGAUAAACGAACGGGGAUAGGAGAACACGGAAGACCAGCCUUUCUUUCCCCGUCCCUCGAUGUGCGGAAGGAAAAAUUGUAUCAAGUAAAUGGAUUCAAUGCAGCUCUCAGCGAUGAGAUCUCAGUGAAUCGUUCAGUGCCUGAUAUUCGCCAUCCAGAUUGCAGGAAGAAGAAAUACUCGAAGAACCUGGAUCCCGUUUCUGUGAUAGUGUCCUUCCACAACGAGCACUUCAGCACGCUACUGCGAACCUGCUGGAGUGUGAUUAACCGCUCGCCGCCUUCCCUUUUAGAAGAAAUUAUACUGGUCGACGAUGCCAGCACGAAAGUCGAGUUAAAAAAGAAGCUAGACGAUUACGUCGCCCAGCACUUGCCGAAGGUAACGAUCGUACGAUUACCAAAACGCUCGGGAUUGAUCAGAGGUCGACUGGCGGGCGCGAAGAAGGCGAGAGCGAGAGUUCUCGUGUUUCUGGACUCGCAUAGCGAGGCUAAUGUGAAUUGGCUACCGCCGUUGUUAGAGCCCAUCGCGCAAGACUACAAAACCUGUGUCUGUCCGUUCAUCGAUGUGAUAGCUUACGAGACUUUUGAGUAUAGGGCGCAGGACGAAGGCGCCCGAGGGGCGUUUGACUGGGAGUUGUAUUACAAGCGACUUCCGUUACUUCCGGAAGACUUGAAGAAACCCGCAGAGCCGUUCAAGAGCCCUAUAAUGGCAGGCGGUCUGUUUGCGAUCAGCGCCAAGUUCUUCUGGGAAUUGGGCGGCUACGAUCCGGGCUUGGAUAUAUGGGGUGGCGAGCAAUACGAGCUGUCCUUCAAGAUCUGGCAGUGCGGCGGUCAAAUGUAUGACGCUCCGUGUUCCAGGGUCGGUCAUAUCUAUCGUAAAUUCCCGCCGUUUCCCAAUCCCGGCCGCGGCGACUUCCUGGGAAAGAACUACAAGAGGGUCGCCGAGGUGUGGAUGGAUGAAUACGCGGAAUACAUCUACAAGAGACGACCGCACUUACGGGCGUUGGAUCCGGGUGAUUUGUCGGAGCAGAAGGCGUUGCGCGCGAAGUUGCACUGUAAACCGUUUAAAUGGUUCAUGGAGAACAUAGCCUUCGACCUCGUGGAAGUGUAUCCGCCCAUUGAGCCGGACGACUUCGCUUACGGGGAGAUCAGGAACAUGGGCGCGACCGAUCUGUGUUUGGACUCGAAGAAGCGGAAGAGGGACGAGCUUGUCGUGAUGGACACCUGUAUGAAGGACGAUCCGAAAGUGUUGGGUGAGCAGGAGUUCCGGCUGACCUGGCAUAAGGACAUCAGGCCGAAGGAUCGCACGGAUUGCUUGGACGUGUCCAGAGGCGAGGAGAAAGCACCGGUGAGCCUGUAUCCCUGCCACGGGAAACAAGGCAAUCAGUUGUGGCGUUACGACGUCGAAAAACAGUGGUUGCAGCAUGGUUACUCGUCGAGAUGCCUGGACACCGAUCCGGGCAGUAAAAGAGUAUUCGUGACUGCAUGCGACAAAUCGUCACCCACUCAGAAAUGGCGGAUAGAGCAAGUUAACAUGAAAGCGAUUAAUAAUUGGGAGAACACAGGACCCAAGCUCAAGUGAACUCUCUUCCCUUGUACUGCCAUAAUGUCUCUUGAACGGUAGGCUCGCGCCAAAUUCCUACUCGUUAUAGAAAUCUAGGGAGGAAUUCCUUUAUUCCUGGUUACUAGUCAUCGCAAAUUUCAAUUUGAGCAACAUACUGCACUUGUGUUAAUAAUAAUUAACGAAGAGCAAGACUCGAUCAACGCGCGGCCCGAGUAAUUUUGCACGUAGCGUAAGGCGAGAUUUUCGUUCCUUGGGUAUGCAGACUGGAUAGCAAACGGUCUUCAUAUCGGCGGAUGUGUCUAUACAUAUCGCACAAGCGCUCUAUCGUGCCUUACAUCAUAUAGCCAUAUGUAGGAGUACGGUACGAUAACGAUUUUAGCAUUAAGUUUCACCUUUCGCUCAAAUUAAUAUUACGGUAAACAUUAUAUCUUUUUAAAAAUGCCACUUAUUAAGCAGGACUGAAAUUUUAUUUGUUUAUACAUUUUAUUUGUAUUAUAAUGUUUCUUAUUGAAGCAAAUUGUUUAAGGAAAGUUCUAGAUAUUCUAUCGAGAAAUCAUGAAUAUAAUUUAUAUGUAUAGCAUAAAUCAUACAUAAAGUAUUACAAACUGUUUUUUUCUGUAAUUAUUAGAAAUUAUAACAAUUUCGUAAUUUUUAAGGUUUAUCUUUUUAUGUCGCAUAAAAGGUUGAAUAUGAACAUUGGCUCCUGGAUGGUCACCAUAUUGGCCAUAUUGGAUUCUUACUAUCGAGGCGAGGAAAACACCCAAUAUUGUUGUGCAUGCCAUUUUCAAAUAAAAAU